UUCUUUUUUGUCAUUUUUAGAGUUGGACUCUUUCAAUCGUCAUCCACUUCCUCAAGUUUGUGUUUCACAGAAGAAACAAACUCGAAGAUCCCUGCACCAACAUGAAGGUUUCCCAGACACUCCCGAUGGGUCGGACACAAAGAUAGCCCCGCCAACAAAGUCAAACGAUUGGUUAAGGCUGCUUAAUUGGGGGACCAUAUGUUUUCACGGUGGCACAGUGGGUAGCACAAUCGCCUAACAGCAAGAAGGUCGCUGGUUCGUGCCCCAGCUGGGUCAAUUGGUGUUUCUGUGUAGAGAAUGUUGGUGAAUUGGAAAGAUCUCCGCCGCGCGCCUCGUCUGGGUCUCUUGAACUCUCCUCCCCGGUUUAAGGAGUCGCAUUGUGUCGGUUGUUAUCACUAAAGCGUCGCGGGAUAUGGCAAUGGUAGUAAAUCAGUGGCAAGAGAACAUUUCGGCUGAUCCCGGCUCCCAGCUGCAAAUGUGCAGUCAGGAGCCCGGCGGGACACCGGGAACUCCCUCAGGUUCAACCCCGGGCAACGACGCGCUCUCCGGGGACAAAAUUCCCAAUGUGGACUGCAUGGUGUGCGGGGACAAAUCCAGCGGCAAACACUACGGCCAGUUUACCUGCGAGGGCUGCAAGAGCUUCUUCAAGCGCUCGGUGAGACGGAACCUGAGUUACACCUGCCGGGGGAACCGGGACUGUCCCAUUGACCAGCACCAUCGGAACCAGUGCCAAUACUGCCGGCUCAAGAAGUGCUUGAAAGUCGGAAUGAGGAGAGAGGCUGUCCAGAGGGGUCGAAUGUCCAACUCCCAGUCCAGUCCAGGACAGUACCUGAGCAAUGGAAGUGACCCAUAUAAUGGUCAGCCUUACCUGUCCGGCUUCAUCUCUCUGCUCUUACGGGCUGAACCAUACCCCACAUCCCGCUAUGGAGCCCAGUGUAUGCAGUCGAAUAACCUGAUGGGCAUCGAGAACAUCUGUGAACUGGCUGCGCGUCUGCUGUUCAGCGCUGUGGAGUGGGCCAAAAAUAUACCUUUCUUUCCAGACCUGCAGCUCAUGGAUCAGGUGGCGCUGUUACGCAUGUCGUGGAGUGAGCUGUUUGUUCUGAAUGCUGCUCAGUGCUCAAUGCCUCUGCAUGUAGCACCCCUGCUGGCUGCCGCUGGACUACACGCGUCCCCCAUGUCCGCCGAGCGUGUGGUGGCCUUCAUGGACCACAUACGAGUCUUUCAGGAGCAGGUGGAAAAACUGAAAGCCCUUCAGGUGGACACUGCUGAGUACUCCUGCCUGAAGUCUAUCGUACUCUUCACCUCCGAUGCCAUGGGUCUGUCUGAUGUGGCCCAUGUGGAGAGCAUCCAGGAGAAGUCCCAGUGUGCUCUUGAGGAGUAUGUGCGGAACCAGUAUCCCAAUCAACCCAACCGAUUUGGCCGCCUGUUGUUACGGCUUCCCUCCCUGCGCAUCGUUUCCUCUCCCGUUAUCGAACAGCUGUUCUUUGUGCGGCUGGUAGGCAAAACGCCCAUCGAGACCCUGUUACGUGACAUGCUGCUUUCCGGCUCCAGCUACAACUGGCCUUACAUGCCUGUCCAGAGAGACCGGCCCAUCUCGAUCCAUUACAAUGAGAACGGGCCUUGAUCCCACCCACAAAAUCCAUAUCACACCUCUGCCGCCUGCCAUGGGGUCAUGGCCAAUACUGAGAAUCUGUAAACAAGUCAUGCCCCUUUCUGCCACAUCAUCACCCACUCACUUAUCUGAAGCACCAGCCGUUUGUUCUGUCAGUGGGAAUGGACAACAGCGUUCAUGUAGAAGCCGAACUGUUUCCUGCAGAGGCUUUCUAAGAACGAGGACUGUUUGGCCCAAAGUGCAACGUCCAGUAUUGACUCAACCAGAAGCCAUUAAAGCUGAUGCCAAAAUGCUAUUAACUGUAGACGGACCUCGAAAACUCCACCACUUGUAUUAACGACAGAGUCGACAUUCUGUCUGUAUUUGUGUGGUGAAGCAAAAUCUCCCAGCACCUAAAUUUGGGGUGGACGAGGUUUGAUUUACGUCCCCCUCAAACAGGCACCACUCUUGCAGGACUCGUUGGAGAGAAAGCCAUUGCCAAAGCAAGCCAGGCAACUGAACUCUCGGGAGCAUUUUGUGGAACUGACGACUGAGGUGACAUUUUAUUUGUCUCGUUGAUUACUUUGCAUUUAGGUCUCUGAUGAAGUGGGAAGACUUGAAAGAGGCACUUGAAACCAGCCAGAUAACCCUCACUUUCCGUGCUUUUCUCAGCUGCAUCCAAAUAUCCAGCACGUCUAGACAGAAUGUUGCCAUGCCAAGCACAACACGCGUCUUGUAAAACACAGGUGAUUAUACCCUGUAGAAUCAACAAAAACACUGGGGUAAAAAAUAAAAAGUGUAUUCUGGGACAUUGGGGAAUGUCGGGAAAGGACCGAUGUGUCCAAGCCAGCCAAGUCUAUGUAUAACCAAGGGAUAACAAUCUCCUUUGACUGUCAGAUGUGCUAAUUUGGCCCAGGAUACCCUAAUUCACUAAAAACUCAAGACCUCAAAUAUGCCAAUAGUCUGCCUUUGAUGACCAGGUAUAUUGUGUAGCAUACUGUAGGUUGCGUCAAGUAUUUUUGUUACUUUCUUGCUCGUUUGACUAUGUUUAAACCCCGUUGUCACAUUUUUUUAACAUGGCACUACAGCUUUUAAGGCAGCAUUUGGAUAUAAAAGCCAUUGGGACCUUUGAAAGCAGGACCUGUUGUAUUAGUUCACAGAAUAUUUCUAUCAAAGUAUGUUUUUCUGUAUUUUAGGUUUGGAGAAAUGAAUUACUGAAAUAAAAUCUGUCAUUCACAGAA